AUGGCCGGCGUGGAUGAGACUCUCGUAGCCGCGACGGUCGUGCUUCAGAACCUGGCUCGAGACGAGCCUACCUCCGGCUCCUCCUCACCCCCUUUUGAUUUCCAGUUACCCUCCGCCAACGGUACCAAGUCGGCCAAACUCCCCGGAGAAUACAGUCCCGCGAAGGCAGCCUUCGAAGCCGAGCUUGAGGCCCUGGUGCGCCGCGUGCACCAUCUGGAAUUCCAAGCUGUCAGUCACCACAAAUUCCCCGACGAUCUUCAACAGCAGACGGAGCCUCAUGAAACCACUCCGUCUGCUGAAGAACCCAACGAGAAGAAUCCUGAUUUCUUAAGGACAUUUGGGCUCUCUCGCUUGUCGUCCGGUCAAGAUUCUGACUCUUUAUCUUGCCUUUUACAGCAGCAAAAAUCGACCCAACCCGACCACCAACCCAAGGCUUCCCCAGGCCCAGACGAACAGCGCCCACUGGGAGAAAUCGACGACGACGAAACCGACGAAGAAGAAGAUGCCGGCUCGGGCACCCGUGUCGUACGGGAGGAGGAUAUUAGCUACCUCCGCAACCACGUCCAAAAACAGGCCGAAGAGAUCAGCUCCCAGAAGGAUAUCAUCGCUCAGGUCCGUGACGAGUUGCAAAAGCAGGAAGAGCAUACUCGCCGUGCUCUUACCAAGGUUGAGAAUGAGGAUGUCGUGCUUCUGGAACGUGAACUGCGCAAGCAUCAACAGGCCAACGAGGCUUUCCAGAAAGCUCUACGUGAAAUCGGCGGCAUUAUCACUCAAGUCGCCAACGGUGACCUGUCUAUGAAGGUCCAAAUUCACCCUCUAGAGAUGGACCCUGAAAUCGCGACUUUCAAACGAACUAUCAAUACUAUGAUGGACCAACUGCAAGUCUUCGGUAGCGAAGUGUCUCGUGUGGCACGUGAAGUCGGUACUGAAGGAAUACUCGGUGGACAAGCUCAGAUCACUGGGGUCCAUGGUAUCUGGAAAGAACUUACGGAGAACGUCAACAUUAUGGCCAAGAAUCUGACAGAUCAAGUGCGAGAAAUCGCUGCUGUGACUACUGCUGUGGCGCACGGUGAUCUUUCUCAAAAGAUCGAGAGCCGCGCCCAAGGUGAAAUUCUUGAACUACAACAGACCAUCAACACUAUGGUGGACCAACUUCGGACAUUCGCAACGGAGGUAACUCGAGUCGCCCGUGAUGUCGGCACGGAAGGCGUUCUCGGUGGACAAGCCCAGAUCGAGGGUGUCCAGGGCAUGUGGAACGAACUCACUGUUAAUGUCAACGCCAUGGCCAACAAUCUUACCACGCAAGUGCGAGAUAUUGCCACUGUUACCAAGGCUGUCGCCAAGGGUGAUCUCACACAGAAGGUCCAGGCCAACUGUAAGGGAGAAAUUGCUGAACUCAAAAAUAUUAUCAACUCCAUGGUGGACCAACUUCGCCAAUUCGCACAAGAAGUCACCAAGAUCGCGAAGGAAGUCGGGACCGAUGGUGUCCUCGGAGGCCAAGCCACCGUGAAUGAUGUCGAAGGAACAUGGAAGGAUCUCACAGAAAAUGUCAACCGCAUGGCCAACAACCUGACCACUCAGGUGCGUGAGAUUGCGGAUGUUACCACCGCUGUCGCCAAGGGUGACUUGACCAAGAAGGUCACUGCCAAUGUCCAAGGAGAAAUUCUUGACCUCAAGAGCACCAUCAACGGCAUGGUGGACCGACUCAACACAUUCGCCUUCGAGGUCAGUAAAGUGGCUCGUGAGGUCGGCACAGACGGUACCCUUGGCGGCCAGGCCAAGGUGGAUAAUGUGGAAGGAAAGUGGAAGGAUCUGACCGACAAUGUGAACACCAUGGCGCAGAAUCUGACCUCUCAGGUCCGGAGUAUCUCCGACGUCACACAAGCCAUUGCCAAGGGUGAUCUUAGCAAGAAGAUCGAGGUGCAUGCUCAAGGAGAGAUCCUCACGCUCAAGGUCACCAUCAACCACAUGGUGGGUCGACUCGCCAAGUUCGCUACCGAGCUGAAGAAGGUCGCCCGAGAUGUCGGUGUCGACGGCAAGAUGGGUGGUCAGGCCAACGUGGAAGGUAUUGCGGGUACCUGGAAGGAGAUCACCGAGGACGUCAACACCAUGGCCGAAAAUCUGACAUCCCAAGUGCGUGCCUUUGGUGAAAUUACGGAUGCCGCUACAGACGGUGACUUCACCAAGCUCAUCACGGUCAACGCGUCAGGUGAAAUGGACGAGCUCAAGCGAAAGAUCAACAAGAUGGUGUCCAACCUGCGGGAUAGUAUCCAGCGUAACACUGCCGCCAGGGAGGCUGCCGAACUUGCCAAUCGCACCAAAUCAGAGUUCUUGGCCAACAUGUCUCACGAGAUCAGAACGCCAAUGAACGGUAUCAUCGGUAUGACGCAGCUGACAUUGGAUACGGAUGACCUCAAGCCGUACACCCGAGAAAUGCUGAACGUUGUGCACAACCUAGCAAACAGUUUGCUCACCAUCAUUGACGACAUUCUGGAUAUUUCCAAGAUUGAAGCCAACCGUAUGGUGAUUGAAAGCAUUCCAUUCACCGUUCGCGGUACUGUCUUCAACGCCCUCAAGACAUUGGCUGUGAAGGCGAAUGAGAAGUUCCUCAGCCUGACAUACCAGGUUGACAACACCGUUCCUGACUAUGUCAUUGGUGAUCCGUUCCGUCUGCGCCAAAUUAUUCUCAACUUGGUUGGCAACGCCAUCAAGUUCACCGAGCAUGGCGAAGUCAAACUCACCAUUCGGAAGUCUGAUCGGGAGCAAUGUACAACGAACGAGUACGCCUUUGAGUUCUCCGUUUCCGACACAGGUAUUGGAAUCGAAGAGGACAAACUUGAUCUCAUCUUCGACACUUUCCAACAAGCCGAUGGCUCAACUACCCGCAGGUUCGGUGGUACUGGUCUCGGCCUAUCCAUUUCCAAGCGUCUCGUGAACUUGAUGGGUGGUGACGUAUGGGUCACCUCUGAAUACGGCCAUGGAAGUACCUUCCACUUCACCUGCGUGGUGAAACUGGCGGACCAGUCCUUGAGCGUGAUCUCUAACCAGCUGCUGCCCUACAAGAACCACCGAGUGUUGUUCAUUGACAAGGGCCAGAACGGAGUUCAGGCUUCCAACAUCUUGAAGAUGCUGAAGAAGAUUGCACUAGAACCCCUGGUUGUGCGAAAUGAGGAGCAUGUCCCACCACCAGAAAUUCAAGAUCCUUCGGGCAAGGAAUCAGGCCAUGCUUACGAUGUCAUAAUUGUGGACUCCGUGGAUACCGCCAGGAUUCUGCGAACAUUCGACGAGUUCAAGUACAUCCCUAUCGUUCUAGUCUGCCCGUUGGUGUGCGUCAGCUUGAAGUCGGCGUUGGAUCUCGGUAUCAGCUCUUACAUGACCACCCCUUGUCAACCAAUCGACCUCGGAAAUGGUAUGCUGCCGGCAUUGGAAGGCCGCUCGACACCGAUUACCACUGACAACUCCCGUUCGUUCGACAUCCUCCUUGCUGAGGAUAACGAUGUGAACCAGCAACUCGCAAUGAAGAUUCUCCAGAAACACAACCACAAUGUGUUCGUUGUCGGCAACGGUCUGGAGGCUGUCGAGGCUGUCAAGAAGCGUCGUUAUGAUGUCAUCUUGAUGGAUGUUCAAAUGCCUGUCAUGGGUGGAUUCGAAGCCACCGGUAAGAUUCGUGAAUACGAACGCGAGAGUGGGCUCCAACGAACCCCCAUUAUCGCUCUUACUGCGCACGCCAUGUUGGGUGACCGAGAGAAGUGUAUUCAGGCCCAGAUGGACGAGUAUCUGUCCAAGCCGCUCAAGCAAAACCAGAUGAUGCAAACUAUCCUUAAGUGUGCUACCCUUGGUGGCUCGCUGCUGGAGAAGAGCAAGGAGUCGCGGAUUUCAAGUAGCGGGGAAAUGCAUCCCAACUAUUCAAUGUCCUCCGACAACCAAAACCAGCAGCAACAGCAGCAACCGCAGCAGCGGUCACAAAAGCAGCAGCAACAACCAUUGCCACAACCUCCUCGCCCCGCACCGGAAAGCCGGGCUGUAACCACCUCUGGUCCCAUCGCCCGGGGGAGUGUUGUCAGUCCCACGGAAGAGAAAGAAGAAGAUAUGAUAGACGAGCGGACAUUGUUGCGAUCAAACAGCAACUGA